GCGGAGCGAAGCCGGGCAUCCGGUAGAGGGGCGCUUAUCAGGGAAGCCCAGGAAGACGAGGUGCCUGGACCCCAUGUAGGCGCGCUGACCCCGCAGCCCUCCCGCCUAGCCGGGGCCCAUGGCGGUGGCGGUGCCCCCCGGCGGGGCGGGGGGCUCGGGCUGGGCCUGGCGGCCGGUGGUGCGGGACGCGCUUCUGGCGCGGGCGUUCCACUCAUGCACCGAACUGCGAGGACGGUUCUAUCUGGUGGGAGGUCUCCUAGCCGGAGGAGCGAAAGAGCCCAGCAGUGACACGGUGGCCUUCGAUCCGGCUGGGGGCCAGGCCGUGAAGGUGGAAGCCCGGGGCGGUCCGAAGCGCAGCCACCAUGACGCGGCGCCGGUGGGUGGGCGCUGGCUCUGCGUGGUGGGCGGCUGGGAUGGGUCGCGCCGUGUGGCCGCAGUGGCCGCCCUGGACGCGGAGCUUGGAGUGUGGGAAGCGUGGACCGCGGCCCCCGGCAACUGCCCGCCUGCCGGCCUCAGUAGUCACACCUGCACCCGCCUCUCCGACCGAGAGCUGCGGGUGGCUGGCCGGGAGGGUGGUACCCGCACCCAGCGCCGCUAUGGAAGCAUCUACACGUUAAAGCUGGACCCCAGCGCCCGCACCUAUUGCUACAAGGAAGAAGGCUGCCACACAGCCUCACGCUCAGGUCACUGUGCUGCCUUGCUCCAAACUCCUGGGCCCCACCCAGCUCAUCAGCUAUUGCUCUUUGGGGGUUGCAACUCAGCUGAACCAGAAGUAGCUGGACAUUGGAGCUACGGGAAGAUUAAGGAAGAACCACCUGUUGCUCCCCGUCUGAUGGAACAGCUUGCAAGGCUUGUGAGCAGUGGGCAGGGGUCCCGGCAGGGGCCCUGGGGACUACGGCAUCACUCAUGUUCUGCGGUGGGGCCCUUUGCUGUACUGUUUGGUGGAGAAACUCUGACCAGAAGUAGAGACACCAUCUGCAAUGACCUCUACAUCUAUGAUACACGCAAGUCUCCUUCUCUGUGGUUCCACUUCCCCUGUGCAGACCGUGGGCUGAAACGCGUAGGUCAUCGGACCUGCCUUUGGAAUGAUCAACUUUACCUGGUUGGGGGUUUUGGUGAGGAUGGCAAGACAGCUAGUCCACAGGUUUGCAUCUUGGACCUCUUUGUCUAAAGUGGCAAGACACACCGCUAAAGCCUCUGUUUUGUUGGAGACUCAUAAAGAAUUAUCACCAGAGCUAUCUGCCUCAUUUCAAAUGCAUAUUAAAGUUCAAUCUCAGAAUCAA